AGACACCCUUAUUGUCAUGUAGAGGGGGCCUGUUGAUCCAGCCUUGUUGUAAGUCGGCCGUCCGUGCGAGGGCCCGAUAUAGACCCUAUAUGACACGGGGAGAAAGUUUGUAGGCUCCUUUCCUUAUAAAGAGACUGUCCAGCCGUUUCGUCCUGUUGUCAUUGUUCUCUUGGUCCUUCUCUCGUCCAUCCCCUCUCUUGUCGAUCUACCAACGCCAUCAACCACCACAAGACUCCUCCAUCAACAUGUCUGAACAGCCCUGGUACGCUUCCUUCUGGGACUGCUGCUCGCCUGCAGGAACCUGCUUCACAGCCUGCCUGUUCCCUUGCAUCACCUACGGCAAGACCAAGCACCGUCUCCGAAACAAUGGCGACAUGAGCGACCACAGCUGCUGCAACGGCGCCUGCUUCACCAUGUACUGCGCCUCGUGCUUCUGCAUUGGCUGUGUCCCCAUCGCCAUGCAGGCCUCCGACCUCCGCGAGAAGCACAACCUCGAGGGAUCUUGCAUGGGUGAUUGGUGCAAGGCCAUGUUCUGCACCUGCUGCCAUCUUGUCCAGCAGGAUAAGGAGGCCGAGUACCGCGAGGGUCUCAUGCAGGGCCACAAGCAGCAGUACCAGGCCCAGCAGGGCGGCAUGCACUACGGCCGCCAGUAAGCGCAAGCUACCGACUGGUUAGCCAUGAUGCUUUGUAUUCACAUCUUUAUGGGGAGGAAUUUGGAAAGAAAAUUCAGCGUUGAGGGACCUCUUCUCGGUCGAUUGUUGUUUCCUUAUGUGUUUUAAAUACCCGGCAGAGGCGCACCGGACCAUUGGUCCCCUUCCUAGAAGAACACUCGGAAGAUGGGAGCCUAAUUAAGCGUCUUAGAAAUGCAUGUGUUGAAAUUGAAAUUGAGAUGAAAUCU